AUGGCUACUAGGCAAUCGCAACGAGCACUUACAAAGGAGUAUAAGCUCUUGAGUGCCAACCCACCUCCUUUUGUCAUCGCCAAACCCAACGAUGAAAACAUCUUGGAGUGGCAUUACGUGAUAACCGGGCCUCCCGAGUCUCCCUACGAGGAUGGCCAGUAUCACGGCAUCUUGCGGUUCCCCAAAGAAUACCCUUUCAAGCCUCCUUCGAUCUCCAUGGUCACUCCUAACGGCCGUUUUGCAUGCAACCAACGUCUCUGCUUGUCCAUAAGCGAUUUCCACCCCGACACAUGGAACCCAGCGUGGAGUGUGUCCACGAUUUUGACGGGGUUGUUGAGUUUUAUGACCGGAGACGAAAAGACGGCAGGGUCCAUCACCAGCAGCGACAGUGUCAAGCGGAAGUUGGCCAGAGAGAGUAAAGAGUGGAACAUGCGGGAGAACGUCAGGUUCAGGAAACAGUUUCCCGACUUAGUGGAGCAGAACCGGGUAGACGUGGCCAAGGCGCAGGAGGUGGUAGCCCCCACAACCGAGCCCGAGAAGGCAGAGGAGCCCAUCAACAUAGGUGAGAGCUUGGAGUUCAUGGACCCAGAGGACCGGGCGAGGUUGUCCCAGGAGGACGAUAUACGGCCUGCAAGCAUCCCAUCGUUGACGGUGAUUGGAAUGGUGGUGGCUGCAUUUGUGGCGGUGUACUGCUUGGUAGGAUAG